AUUCUCAUUUCUCUCGUUCUCUUCUUAUUAGUUGUUUGUUACACUAGCGAGUCUCCCUUUACUGUAUCUUUACUUUCUUCAGCUUUUGAAGAUGGAUUGUCCUAGUCAAGAUCAUCAAUUUGAUCAGUCGUCCUCUUCUCAGCUCAGAAAAACUGGAAGAGGGAAGAUUGAGAUCAAGAGGAUAGAAAACACUACAAAUCGACAAGUCACCUUCUGCAAGCGUCGUAAUGGCCUCCUCAAGAAGGCUUACGAAUUGUCUGUGCUUUGUGAUGCUGAAGUUGCUCUGAUUGUCUUCUCCAGCCGCGGCCGCCUUUACGAAUAUGCUAAUAACAGUGUCAGGGGGACCAUUGAGAGGUACAAGAAAGCCUGUGCUGAUUCAUCAAAUCCAGGAUCUGUUUCUGAAGCUAACGCCCAGUUCUAUCAGCAAGAAGCUAGCAAGCUCAGGAAACAUAUAAGAGAGAUACAGAUUUCAAACAGACACAUCCUGGGUGAAGGGGUAGAUGGAUUAAACUUCAAAGAACUGAAGAAUCUUGAAGGUAAAGUGGAGAAAGCCAUUGGCAGAAUCCGUACCAGGAAGAACGAGUUAUUGUUUGCUGAAAUCGAGCUUAUGCAUAAGAGGGAAAUUGAGCUGCAAAAUGCCAAUACGUACCUGAGAGCAAAGAUUGCAGAAAACGAAAGAGCACAGCAGCACAUGAACUUAAUGCCAGGGUCUGAAUACCAGCCUCUUGCUCCACAGCCUUAUGAUGUUAGGAACUUCCUCCCAGUAAACCUCCUGGAACCUGAUCAACAUUACUCUCGCCAGGACCAAACUGCUCUUCAACUCGUCUAAGAUUCUCCUGCUGAAGGAAAGUGUUUUCCAUUGGAUAGGCCUCUAUUUUACUAGCACUAUGGCAAGAGCUCUUGUCAAUUUAUGAGAACAAGUUAUAUGUA